CUCAUCUCUUGUGUCAGGUGCUGCGCUUCCACCAAAAACAAAAAAACACGAAAAACAAAAACAAAUUUGCAAUUCCAAAACAUAAACAGUUGAUGUCCGCUAUUGUAACAUAAUGGAAGUCGAUGCCGAGCCGCAAGAUCAAGAUCCGCAUACCGCAAUUUACGACGAUAGCCUAGAUUUUGGAUUCUACAACAUGGCCCAUGGCAUGCUCAUGGAGAUUAGUGAUGAGCUGCGAGAAAAGUUCGGGUCGCAGGGUCGCCUAAUGUUAUCCCAACUAAAUAGAAUCUAUCUUGCUGCCCGGAGUAGUGAAAUGAUGCGUUUCGUGGAAGCUCUCAAUGUGGUGGACAGCAAGGAAAUGCAAACCCAUUUGGUUAAUAUAAAUUUUGAUCAACCGGAUGGACAAUCCUUGACCCCACUGACCAUGGCCGCCAUGUCGGGCAAUGUGACUUUCGUCAAGACUUUACUCUCCCACUAUGACGUGGACUUGGAGAGGGAAUGUAAUGUGAUCUUUGAUGGUUUAGUUGUUUAUGGUGCUACUGCUCUUUGGGUAGCUGCUGGAAUGGGACACUUGCAGAUUGUUAAAAUGCUAGUCCAGGCCGGAGCGUCUAUUAAUCAUAAUACCAAGGCGCAAUCAUCGCCCUUAAGAGCUGCUUGCUAUGAGGGUCGUUUGGAUAUUGUGGAAUUUCUUAUUGACAAUGGAGCCGAUGUAAAUGCCACAAAUCUAUUUAACAACAACACUCUGAUGAUCGCCGCCUAUAAAGGUCAUGCUUUGGUGGUCAAGACUCUGCUGGAAAACGGAGCACGGCCCGAUGAGCAGGCCUUGUGUGGGGCCACCGCUUUGCAUUAUGCUUCGGAAAGUGGUCAUUUGGAUGUGGUUGAAGCUUUGCUGGAUCAUGGAGCUACCUUAAAGAAGAAUGAACUGGGUCUAUCGCCAGCCUUGCAGGCAGCAGAUCGUUUGCAUGAUCGUGUCGUCGCGGCAUUCCUAGAACGUCCUGGCCUAAUGUCGCAGGAAGAGAAAAUAUUGACUUUAGAGCUAAUUGGAGCCACAUAUGCUAAUGAUAAGUCCAGAUAUGAUAUCAAUAUGGCCUAUACCUAUCUAUUAAGGGCCAUGGAAAUGCGUUACUCCGAUCCACGUAAUGUCAUACGCAAGAAGGUGGAACCCCCCGUUCCGGCCUAUGACAGUUGGUUUGAGACUGAGAAUUUGCCCGAAUUGCUGGCCAUCAAAUUGAAUCAUCAUUCCAUACAUAUGGAAUCAUUGGCCAUACGAGAACGCAUCUUGGGACGCAAUAAUCCGGAAGUUCCGCAGGCAAUUAUAUAUCGCGGUGCCGUCAUGGCCGAUCAUGGACGUUUCGAACAGUGUCAAGUGCUUUGGAAUUAUGCAACCGAUUUGCGUAUGAUAAAUAAUGUCUCUGUGGAGCGUGACUUGUUGCGUUUUGCGCAAUUAUUUGCCCAAAUCUUACGCGGGGACAAUCAUAAACUAACUUUGGAUAAUGUGUUACCCAUUCUCGAUAAGUGCCAGCAGGAGAUACAAAUAAAUAAGUGUAAAUUAAUAAGUGCCAAACCCAAUACCUGUGCCAGUCUCGUCCAAGAUCAGAACAAUCAAAACUGCAUAACCGCAUUGUAUUUGAUCAAAGCAGUGACCCAAAUGGCCCGACGUCGCAAAGAUCAGGAUAUCAACGAGGAGCAAAUUCAACAAUUGUUCCUGAUUGUACGCAAAUUUGUACAGAACGAUACCCGAAUGUCGGAUGGUCAGACUUUGCUGCAUCUCGCCGUAAAUGGUGUGACAGCCGUGGAUGAGUUCUUUACCAGUGAUAUGUGUAGAUUUCCCUGCUAUGCCACUGCCUUGGUCCUGGUGCACUGUGGUGCCUCGACAAAUGCUGUGGACACGAAUCGUAAUACUCCAUUACAUAUAUUGGUGACCAAGAUACAUCCAUCCCAUGAUCGUCAGUAUGAGAUGGCACGCAUAUUGGAAUUGUUUGUCGAAGCUGGUGCCCAUUUGGAUGCAGUUAAUGCCAGUGGUCAGACAGCUGCUGUUGCCUGUAAACAAGCUUCUUUGGUCAAUCAAUUGCAAACCUAUCAAAAUGCUCAUACCAGUUUAAAGUGUUUGUCUGCUCGCACCAUUGCAACAAACAGAUUGAGCUUUAAGGGAUUGAUACCCACCCAAUUGGAGGCUUUCAUUCAAAUGCAUAGUGUAAACAAAGUCAUACCAUAAAGGAACAAACAAAAAGCAAAGAGAAUUUCUCGAAUUUAGCUACUUAAAUUAGCCAAACUGUAAAAGGAAAAACGUGUAUUGAGGUUUUAGAUGAAUUUUUUUUCUUCAUUAAUCUCUUUUUUGGAUA